AUGUCGGCCCAGUCGUCUAAGAAAAGAAAGGGUGGUGGUGGUCAAUGGCGCAAGCCAGGCAAUAAAGCAGGGAUCGAGGGUGGUGAUUGGGGAGUUUUUGUGAGUUGCGACAUCGGAAAAGAGACCAAGUGUAUGUCGGAGGCUGUGGAUUUGUUUACACAGAGCAUCGAAGGGACUGAGAAAGUCGACGAUGGGGACAAGUCCGACUCAGAUGAAGAUGACAUCGAGGCGAUGAUCAAAAAGGAGGUCGAAGGGCUGAAGCCCAGCCAAGCCAAGUCUCGUCCGUUCCAAGCAAUUCGAAUGGACUUACCAUGUCUAUCGUUCAUUCGAUUUGACAAGUCCAUUGAUCCAGAGCAGAUGGUACAUCAAUUGUGCCUUGAUGCGCACGCUCAUCCCGAAAAGAAGCGCUCUCGGUACAUACAACGCAUGACUCCUGUCAAAUCGGUUCGCAAGACUCUCAGUGUCGAACUGGAGUCUUUCGCGCGUGAGGUCCUCAAAUCUACCUUUCACUCUGGAGGUCCUCCGAAGAAGUACGCCAUCCGGCCAGUCGUAAGAAGCAACAAAAAGUUCAGCAGGGACACGGUAAUCAAGACAGUUGCCGAUGUCGUUGGUACUGAACACCCCGUUGAUCUCAAGAACUAUGAUAUACUCAUCAACGUCAUGGUUAUCCAGAAUGUUAUUGGUAUCGGUGUCGCAGGAAGCGAUUAUGAGCAGCUGAAACGGUAUAACCUGGCCGAACUAUAUACUCCAACUGCAGCAGCGCAGGCUGCUGAGACUGAGACUUCUGAAGUCUAG